AUAACUUAUAAGUUUUAGUAACUGGAGACCGUUCUCCCUUCUCCUUACUUCGGACUCUCGCAGUGUUCGGUAUAGGGAGGUUUUCGACUUAAAAAAGUGUCGGACGAAAACACUUUUGAACUAGCCAAACAGACUUUUUGAAACUGACCAUUGGCAAUUUCUCUGGGUAGAAAGUAUUAUAAUGGCGUUACGAUUCAUAAAACGUACUUACAAUCGUAUGUUUCUCGCAAAAGAUCCGAUGCCACCUUAUGCGAGCCAUGUGGUACAGAUCGGUGAUCCGGUUCUACGAAAUAAAGCUUCCCCCAUUCCUUUGGAGAAAAUUGGGACCAAAGAAUUACAAAAUCUUAUUUACAUAAUGAAAUCACUGAUGAAAAAAUCAAAUCUAAUUGGCUUGGCUGCACCUCAAGUCGGUGUACCGUUUCAGAUGUUUGUAAUUCAUUUUCCACGUCCAUCCCAUUAUUUUAGCAAAGAAGAGAUACUACUUAAAGGAAUGGAAUAUGUUGAAAAUCAAGUUUGGAUAAAUCCUGAACUUAAGGUUUUGGAUCACGAAAAAAUUAUAUUUAACGAAUCCUGUGCAAGUUUUAAAGGUUAUUCAGCAGAUGUACCUAGAUACAAACGCGUGCUUCUAACAGGAAUUGAUGAAAAUGGAAAGAAAAAAACUCUAGAUGCAAAAGAAUGGACGGCUCGAAUAGUUCAACAUGAAAUGGAUCAUUUAAAUGGAGUGAUGUACAGUGAUCGCAUGGUGCUUGAUAGCCUAUGUUGUACAGGAUGGCACACUAUUAAUCAAUUUCAAGGAUUUGUAGAACUUCGAUAUGAAAAUUAGGAAAAUUGUGAAUUUUCAAAGACUUAAGAAUCAAUUGUCUUUUUAUUUAUGCCAAUGAAUGAAAAUUGUUUAUUACCUAGUUACUAUUGUUGUAUAAUAAAACUUCUUAUCAAUAAUUGAUUAUUCAA